CAGUUGAUCGUAAAAGGAGCAACACAGAGUAUGGAGUCGGAAUUUACUCAAACUUUAUUACAAUUUUAACAAGGAUUAUAACUGCUAUGGCACUAUCUGAGGAACCAACAUGAAUCUACUUACAUAUGCUCAGAUUUUAACAUUAGUUUUUGCAGUUUGUGCGAAAGAGAAAGCACUUUUAGAAGUUGUUUUGUACGAGACCAACAAAAAUGGAUUGGAGUACAACACGAAAACAUACACUUUGAGUGGUCAUUUUAGUCCGGCGGGGACAACGAUUGGGGCUGAAGGAGCUAUGUAUCAGCUUCAUCCCCUUGGCUUAUGUAACAGAGCAGAGGAUGAAGACUUGUAUUCAUAUGGAUGGGUGGGGGUGGUGAAACUGGAGCAGCCAGGACUGGGACUAGACUGUAUGUCUGUCUUUAACAAGGCAAAGCGUGCAAUAGCCAGAGGGGCAACCGCAGUAGUAUUUGACGUGACAGACAAUCCAAAGGCACUUAAACAGCUGAGUCGAACAAAGCUCAAAGCAGCAAAGUUGGAUCGACCCAUUGUGAUAAUUAGAGAUUCUCAGGCUUGGGAGCUCCUUCGAAUCUUGAGCAGUCGGAAACAAGCGCGAGCACGUAUUGUGCAUCAUGAAGUUGUCGCACAUGAUAAACGACCUGUUGAGGACAACAAUGUGUUUUCAGAGAUGGGCAUCUUUAUUGGUGUGUUUGUUGCAUUCUGCAUCGUCAUAGUGAUAGUCAUUAUUAAGUUCAAAUGCAAAAGAUCCCAAAGACAGAUGUCACUGUCAGAGAUUGCCAAGGUCGCUAUUGGGAAUCUAGAAACUCGCAUUUAUAAAGAUCUGUAUCCAGAGAAAUCUCGCCUGAGUCGUGCCCCCGAUCUAUCUAGUCUUAGUUCAAAUGAUGAAGCGUGCGCUGUCUGUCUGGAUGGCUAUAGAACCAAUGAGUUGCUAAGAGUGUUGCCAUGUGGCCAUGAAUUCCACAAGAAAUGUGUCGACCCUUGGCUGGUCGCUAACAGAACCUGUCCUUUAUGCCUGCUCAAUAUCAUAGAGAACACGGAGAAUGAACUGCUGUCGCGACGCAACAAUCUCCAGAAUGCAUUAGCAGCUUCCCAGCAUGCCUCAGCAGCCUCCCAGAAUGCAUCAGCAUAUAGAGGGCAGAGCAGUAGAGAAAGCAGUAUUGUUUCUAUUCCAGGGCGUACCUGCACUGACCAUCGUCAACAGCGUGCUAGUAAUAAUUACACAGAUUAUCGACUCUUACCUCGCCCUAGUAACACUGUAAAUAUGUAUCACUCAGGUAUCCAUGGCAAUGGGAGUAUACAGUCUAAUAUUCCCAAGGAGCAUGCAUUAGUCGUUAACCUGCCCCCAUCUCCACAUCAUACAAACUCUCAGCGACAGUUUUUUCCUGAAUCUUAUCAGUUGCCACGCAGCAACCAUUUGUCACUUAGUCAACAGUCAUCUCAUAACAACCAGUCAUCUCAUACUAAACAGUCAACACAUAGCAACUGGUCACAAAGUAAUAACCAUAAACAAUUUUCAGACCAACAUCUUGCCAAAAAGUAUCGCCCAAAUAGACGCCCAUGUCCCUGCCCCCCGGGAUCAGAGCCCAACCCCCCUCAGGCUGACACAGAGUCAACUAGCACCCCUCAGGCUAAGUCAAGUGACACUCAAGGGGAACGAGACUGUUACAGUGAACUAUGUGACACGCAAUUGUCACAGCAGAAUUGUGUCUUAGACACACAAGUUUUGUCUAAUGCCGCAACCAAUGAAAUGCUUGUCAGGUGUUCUAGUCCGGAUAGGGUGAGUUUGGGGUCAGAAUGUGAGGAUUGUAGGAGACAUAGUGCAUCAACAAUGGGAGAUAGCAACCAGAGUACAUAUGGUAGUUGGGAGUUUCCCAUUAGUGACAUUUCAAGCUAUCACUCCAGUGUAUAUCGUAGCCAAAGUUGUAAUCUUCACGAAAUCAGCGAAGGGGCUGGAGUUUCGCCUCAGGGGUCACCUACUUCCACCCCAAAGUCAUUGACCCCCACGUGUGUUAAAAAACAAUUGACUGACAGUAAAACUGGUGCUUUUAUAUCCAUUGCUCAAAGUGGCCUAUUUAGGCAUGGAGGGAGGGGGGUCGCUCACUCUGAUUCUUCUAUAGACUCUGUGAACACUGUUGAUAUGUCCCCUAUAGUAAGUGGCUCUGACUCGGAGCCUCAUCACUGUUGUCAUAGUAACAACAACACAACAAACAAUUACUCCCAUGUAUUACCUGGGUAUGUGGCUUAUCAUAGAGAGACCUAUGUCAACAAACAAAUACAUCACAAUUAUGUGUACCAGGAUAGGUGCACCACAAGGACCAGGGUGGCCCACCUACCACCCCUGCUUCCACCAAAGAGAUCUGACUCAACAAUCCGUGGGGCCAAGGAAAAGGCAACCACGUUCACACAGACUUGUGACGCGUGUGGUUCACAUGAUCUAAGUGACCCGUCAACACAUUGCCCUCAACAUACUGAAGUACAUAAACACUCUGAUAUUACACGGCAGUAUAAUGUUCCCCAGUCACCCAAUCAGCAUUAUAGCAAAAACAGUAAAAAGCAUAAAAGUGUGCCCCGGAAGGAUAAUUAUUGUCCCGAGCGAGCACAUUGUGACCUUGACCUUGUAAGUGAACAACUUCGUAACGCAAUCGAACAAAAGCAGCUGUCAGACCUCGGAAGUCAUCCAAGUAAGAACACACUGAAAAGUAAUUCCUGGUGUAGGAAGACGCUACAUGGUGAUGAGGCUGAAGUGGACGUACAUGCAGUAUAUGAUAAGAAAAAGGUCCCAGAUGUGCGUCAGUCUAUGGUGGUCUAUACUGAACCAGAGGGUGUCGUAACGUACCCACUAGAUCACAAGGAGAAUUAUGGUCCCAUCAAUGCAGUAUAACGCUAACACCCCCAUCCCCAAACGGACAAACCUGGCCUACAGAGGUCCCCGAUCAUGGUCAUACUUCAUUCUAAAGGCUGGG